AUGAAAGAAAUCACGAAACGUUUGGGUGCUGUCGAUGCUACUCGGCUUAAAGAAUGGGGACCGCGUGAUCUAACCGACGUCAGUGGCGAUCUUGUCAGUUUCUAUCCAGAUCGCCUGACUGAGUGUUUGGAGGUAACUGAGUAUUUGUCUUCUUCUCGAACGCGUCUUCCUGAACUUUCCUUGACUUUUUCAUUGACUAUUUCUCAAAUGCAAACAAAUGCUACAAAAAACAAACCAAUAACUGCCACUUGUUCUAUCUCCCUAAUCAUCCGGCGAAAUGCUCAUAGGAUCAAUCCUCAUCGCCCAGACCUUCUUCACUUUGUUGUUUUUCCGGCCACCAGCCGGCACUCAUCUACAGCCCCGGCCACCAGCACUCAUCUACAGCCCACAGGUGAAGUAGAACCCUGGACGGUGAACGUGGAACCACCUACGGCCUCGGAGGUUUACGACCGACUGCGUUCUCUCAAGCGCCACCGAGCUCCCGGUCCGGAUGACCUUCCACCUGCACUGUUCAAAGACGGGGGUGAAGUCCUCAGUCAGCGCCUGUCCGACCUGUUUGGUUGCAUUUGGGAAAAGGAGUCUGUCCCAGACAACUGGGAAGAAUCGGUGAUAGUGCCCAUUUUCAAAAAAGGGGCGCGUAGUGAGUGUGGUAACCACAGGGGGAUCAGCUUGACCCCGGUUGUAACGAGACUGUUGGCGUCAAUUGUGAUUCGUCGCCUUACGGUGGCUCGUGAAAUACUGACUCGAGAGCAGCAAGCAGGAUUCCGGUCUGGUAGGGGUUGUGUUGACCAAAUCUUCACACUGCGUCAGAGACUGAUGGAAACGGGUGAACCGAGUGGUUGGGUGCGACAGUUACCCCCAGCAGCCAUGAAAGAACCCCUGGGUGCCAAAAAUGGCAAUAUGUGUCCGUAUUCGAGUACGGACGAAUCCGAAAUUCUGCAUCGUAACAUUUUCCCACUCCAGAGUCAGCGUCUGCCUAGAGACUCUCUCAAAUUCAUCCUUACCGUAUGGUAUUCUCCCGAAACCAGUUCCGCCAUUGCUGAAUCUAUUUCCACAUGUUGCACUGAAGUUCAGUUGAAGAAGUUAAUCACGGGUUCACCGAGGGACGUUUUGCGUUUGGCGGAGAAGUAUUUCGAAGAACUUGAUAUUUAA